UAUCUCAGUACUCUCGAGCUAUUCAUCCCAUAAGUGGUAGCUAUCUUCGAUCCAGCAAGUUUCCUUCCAACAUUUCAGAAUUCAUUCUCUUCCUCUUUCUCUCGGAAGGUGAACAUACUGCAGGUGGUGUGGGGGUCAAGAAAAUGGCUCGGGAGAGGAUAAAGAUAAAGAAGAUAGACAACGUGACGGCGAGGCAAGUGACUUUCUCCAAGAGGCGAAAAGGGCUUUUCAAGAAAGCCGAGGAGUUGGCUGUACUCUGCGACGUCGAUGUUGCUCUCAUCAUGUUCUCCGCCACCGGAAAGCUUUUCCAGUUUGCUAGCUCCAGCAUGAACGCUAUACUUGCAAAAUACACUCUGCACUCAAGUAACAUUGAGAGGCUGGACCAACCUUCCCUUGAGCUGCAGCUUGAGGACAGUACCAGUGUCAAAUUGAGGGAGGAAAUUUCACAAAGGACCAAUGAGCUAAGGCGGAUGAGGGGUGAGGACAUCCAAGGACUGAAAAUAGAAGACCUGCAGCAGCUGGAGAAACGGCUUCAAGAAGGGCUCGGCCGCGUGAUUGGGACGAAGAGUGAACGAGUCAUGAACGAAAUCACCGGCCUCCAAAGGAAGGGGGAUCAGUUGAUUGAAGAGAACCAGAAACUGAAACAGAAAAUGGAGAUGAUCAAUUCUAAAGGAAAGGCGCCAGUGGUGGAUGUGGCCAUGGAGUUGGAAAAUUUGAAUGAUGCUUUACCUGAAGAAGGGCAGUCUUCAGAGUCUGUAACUAAUGUGUGCAGCAGCAGCAAUACAAGUGCUCCACCUCCAGAGGAGGAUUGCUCUGACACUUCUUUGAAGCUAGGGCCACCUUUCUCAACCGCAGGCUGAAACUGAAGAAAGAUGGAAGUGAUUUCCCCAAGGAAGAAGCAUUAAUAAUCUCCAGGAACUUAAAUUAAUAGUUAUCACUCUGGAGAAAUAUUACUCCAGAGUGAUAAUAUGCCAUCAGAUUUUCAUCACCCUUAAUCACUGCUUGGUUAGGUGAUCGUGAUUUAUUAGAGUUAGAAGAACAUGAAUAGAGAAUCAUGCAAGGUCGUCGAUUCUCCUACGUACGCGGAUCGUGGUGUAAUAUAUAGCGGUAAACUCGAUGAUCAAUGAGAUCUGGACUUGUUUGUAAGCAAAUUUUAGGUUAAUCCAUGGUAAAUAAAUGUCUCCUACGUACACGGAUCGCGGUAUAA